AUGGGUUGUUGCUGCGGUUAUCCGGUGGGAUUAGGGCUCGAUUUUUCCAAUCGAGAGGCGAUGAUGAAUGCAGUAGAACUCGUCGGUCGCUGCCGUUGGACCGAACCCCUGAAUCGUCUAGGAUCCGGUAACUGCGCCGCUCCCAGGUCCCGUUGGCGUCGGUUGCAAGAACGUCCUCAGCUAAAGUCGUCGGACGAGUCCAACAUCCCCGUUGCCGCCGCGAAGCUGGAGGACGUGUCGGACCUCCUCGGCGGGGCCCUCUUCCUGCCGCUCUUCAAAUGGAUGAACGAGUACGGCCCCAUCUACCGCCUCGCCGCUGGGCCAAGAAAUUUCGUGAUCGUCAGUGACCCGGCCAUUGCCAAGCACGUGCUGAGGAACUAUGGCACGAAAUACGCCAAGGGGCUUGUUGCAGAGGUUUCUGAGUUCCUGUUUGGCUCCGGCUUCGCAAUUGCCGAAGGCUCUCUUUGGACGGUAAGGCGGAGGGCCGUGGUCCCAUCUCUUCACAAGAAGUACUUAUCGGUAAUAGUUGAACGGGUCUUUUGCAGAUGUGCCGAGCAACUAGUCGAGAAGCUAAAGCCGGACAUGCUUAGUGGCUCUGCUGUAAAUAUGGAGGAAAAAUUUUCACAGCUCACUCUCGAUGUUAUCGGGCUUGCAUUGUUCAAUUAUAAUUUCAACUCUCUCACAGCCAAUAGUCCGGUUAUUGAUGCAGUUUAUACGGCUCUAAAGGAGGCAGAGCUACGCUCGACUGAUCUACUGCCAUAUUGGAAGAUAAAUGCUUUGCGGAAAGUGAUUCCUAGGCAAAUUAAGGCUGAAAAAGCUGUGUCUUUAAUAAGACAAAACGUUGAGGAACUGAUUGGAAAGUGUAGAGAGAUAGUGGAGAGUGAGGGCGAGAGGAUAAAUGAGGAGGAGUAUGUGAAUGAUACAGAUCCAAGCAUCCUUCGAUUUUUGCUUGCUAGCCGGGAAGAGGUUUCGAGCACCCAAUUGAGAGACGAUCUUUUGUCCAUGUUAGUUGCUGGUCAUGAAACGACUGGAUCAGUGUUAACUUGGACGGCUUAUCUACUUAGUAAGGACCCAUCAUCUUUAAGGAAAGCACAGGAGGAAGUCGAUAGAGUUUUACAGGGCCAGCUUCCCACAUACGAAGACAUAAAGAAUCUCAAGUUCUUGACCCGCUGUAUAAUGGAGUCUAUGCGUCUAUAUCCACAUCCACCUGUCUUGUUACGAAGAGCUGAGGUGGCAGAUGUGCUACCUGGCAACUACAAGGUCAAUGCAGGUCAAGAUAUCAUGAUCUCUGUGUACAAUAUUCAUCACUCUUCGCAGGUAUCCGACCUGAAUUAUCCAGGAUAA